GCGCUGAUGGGCGGUUUUAUGCUUUAUGUGGACGGGAAGCCCUAUCAUACACUAUUGCCCAAUCACCUUCUCGAUCUGAUACGUGCUGGAUCUAUUGAUGCCCCUACGCUGACGGAAAAGCAGAUCCGCGACCGUAGCAAAGGAAAUAUGAUAUCAAAAGGAUUGAUCAUCCUUCAGGUGGCUUGGUUCAUUCUGCAGCUCAUUUCUCGUGCCGUUUAUCACCUCAAGACCACACAACUUGAGACGGCGACACUCGCUUUUGCGGUUCUCAAUUUCAUUACCUAUGCUCUGUGGUGGAAUAAACCUCUUGAUAUACAAUGUCCUCAUCCAGUAUACUGGAAGUCAACCGAGUCCGCUGAGCCAGCAGAGGACUACUUUGAUGAAGUCUUUGAAAACCAUGAGCUCGUAAUGCGUUCGGAGAUUGUUGUUCUUUCACUCGUCGACUCGCUUCUGCGCCUCGUCGGCGUUGAUGCCAUGUCCCCUCGAAAAUUACGAGUUCCGAUGUUUGAUGGCAUCCGCAGCAUCAACCUAGAACGCUGGGAAUGCAAUCUUCUUACGCUCGUUGGAUUUAACGUGGCGACCAUCUUUGGCGGCAUCCAUUGUAUCGCUUGGUUCUAUGUCUUCCCCACAUAUCAAGAACAGGUCUUAUGGCGCGCGAGCACCGUCGCUAUAAUUAUUACACCCUUGCUUGGUUUCGUGGUGGCCUCCUUGUUGUUUAUACCGACAACUGGCAAAACAACUCUAGCGAGUCUGAGGUCUAUGUUUAUCUUGACGUGUCCCUCAUUGUACAUCAUAUCGCGUGCUAUCCCCUUCAUACUUGUAUUCACCACUUUACGCAACCUUCCUCCUGACGUGUACAAGGUGGUGUCGUGGACUAGUUUUUUACCGCACUUGUAGUCCUCGCUCAUAAUUCCUGUUAUUUACUCCGUACUAAUUUUGUGUUGUAUCAUAGGUCGCCUUCAGGCAAUAGCAUUCUUGUGUUAGCAAGUACUACAGUCUGGCUCGUGGAUUUAGACCACAUCUCUCAUGUUUUACCAACUGCUAAUGACUGCAGUGGUGGUAGGAUGCCACUGGAAUAGACAUCUUGUAACUUGGC